AUGACGGGUUCUGAAUAUGGGGCAUCAUAUACUGGAAUAGAGUCUUUCAGUGAAUAUCCUGACGAUACGAAUUUGACAGGCGCCGAUGCAACUGAAGAAGUAACACAUACGUCAUUGGUGGAAUUGAAGGAAUCCUCAACGCAGACGCAGCGCGCUUCAAGCGAUUCACAGCAAGUCGCAUCCCGGGGAACGUUUGGACCGUACAGUAUCGGCUCCAACAUGAAAGGACCGUCAAAUGUGUAUUCCUCGGCCGCUGGGACCGACAGACGUCGUAGAAAUAGGUUGACGGAAUUGCACUCUGGGGUUGGUGGACAAACCGACACGAGGCGCAACCGAGGUGAUCUAACCUGCCCAUCCAAAUUUACUGCGCUACCUUCGACGCUUAACCGAGCUGCGCGAAAUCGCGAUGGCCAGCCGUGCACACGUGGCGGCAAGUGUGAUAUUUGGCUCUCUGAGUACAACCGGCAGUUUCCGGUCUAUCCUACUUCGGUGUACACUCGUAGUGCUUCAGUUGCCGCUGGCCGAUGUCGGCCACUCGGCGGACGACUCUCUUCAAGGAACGCACAACCAAGCCUGGUAGCUACUCACCCGGUACUUUUGAGCUCGCGUAAAGUUGGCGCGGUCGUCGGGAACAACCAGUCCAACAUCUGUUCAUGUAAUGGAUAAUGAAGGGGUCAUGUAGUUCUACCUAUUUGUGACCUUAAGUGCGUUUGUGCAGAACACACUCCAACUAACAGACAGACGGGCUAUAUCGUAUCGGUUAUGCUUGGUUCGUCCUUCAAAAUCCGGUGAUUUUUAGCUUGUUUUUAAAAAUUCCAACUAACUUUGAUUUUAUUCACCUUUAUUCUUCCGAUUCGUCGGUCUUCCACUAAACCGUAGUCAUCCUUGCAUUAUGUACAGUAGCCUUUGUCGUAUCCAUGACAAUCGGUGCUGUGACAUCUUUUAUUUUCGGUUCACUUCUGAAUGGUAUUCUUUCUAAAGUUGAAAAAUACAGUAUUGC